AACUUUGUCUUUCAAAAUGUUGAUUAUUUGAGAGAAUUGUGUUUGGUGGAAAAUACAUUUUUUGUUUUUUUGUUUUUUGGUGAAAUUUCUGGCUCGAAUUAUCAUCCAACAAUCGAAACGAAAAAAAAUUUAUUCUUGCUAAGUACGUGCGUUUGGUCGGUUGUUUGGGAUAUUCGACAAACAAAAAACAAACAAUGAUGACAAUGAUUUUAAAAAGAAUCUGGAUUUCAACAGUAAUCGUUGCUAUAAUAUGUUCGAAAACUAUUUCGACACAAGAUCCUCUUCUUGAUUCUUCUGAUCUUCGAACAUGGGAUUCGGAUGAAUUUGAACGACAAUCUUUGCUAUUUCCAGAUGAUGAUACUAAUCUUAUUAAUGAUGUUGAUGAUCCAUUGGUUCGUAAUUUACCAUCAUCAAUUUAUCCAAGUUCAAAUAAUUAUAAAUCGGCAAAAAAAUUAUUAUUAAAACCAUUACGUUAUCCAUUAACAUCACCAUAUCAAGUUAUACCUGGUUCAUAUCAAUUACCUAAAAAUGAUCAAUAUUAUGGUUAUAAUAUACCGAAUAUAACAUAUAAUGCAAAAUCUAUUUAUACUAAUUAUCUGGUUAAUAAUAAUGCUGGUAUGAAUUAUUAUUAUGGUGGUAAAAAUUGUCAACAAAAAUAUGGUUAUAAUAAACAAAUUGUACCUGCUGAUUUAAAUCAGGCAUUUGCAUAUGCCGAACAAGGAUUACAACAACGAUAUCCUGAAUAUUCUAAUCAAAGAAAUUAUCGUGAUGUUGAUCGUAAAGAAAUUGAAUCAACAAAGAUGGAAUUAGUAUCCGAAUAUUUUGCUCGUUUCAAAUGUUUGGAUAAAUAUCAGCUUGGUGUUUAUUUACCAACAAUUCCGGUAAAUUAUCAACAAAAAAAUAUGGAUCUAUCCUGUUCACCAUAUUGGAAUGAAAAAUAUCAAUGUAAUUCAUAUCGAACAUCCAAAUAUCGUACAUUAGAUGGAUCUUGUAAUAAUUUACGAUCACCAUAUUGGGGACGAUCAUUUAGUUGUCAUAUUCGGUUAUUACCACCAGAUUAUGGUGAUGGUUUAUAUGCAAUGCGUUUAUCUAAAUCUGGUCAUAGUUUACCAGGUGCACGUACAAUAUCCAAUUAUGUUACACAAAAUCGUGAUCUUCGAUCCGUUUAUACAUCAUUGAUGGUAUCAUUUGGACAAUUUAUUAAUCAUGAUAUGACUAGUACGGCAAAUUAUCGUCAAACAACUUCGAAACAAAUUGAUUGCUGUAAACAAGCUGAUCCUAAAUGUGUUGCUAUUAUGAUGGAUUCGGUUAAUGAUUAUGUUGAAACAGUUUACAAAACAAAAUGUAUGAAUUUUAUUCGUUCACAACCAUGUGCAUUAUGUAAAUUGGGACCACGUGAACAAAUGAAUAAAGCAACAUCAUUUUUAGAUGGUUCAGCAAUUUAUGGAUCAUCAUUGAAUACAUCCAAUUCAUUACGAUCAUUUCAAAAAGGACAAUUACUUGCAAUAGCUGAUGCUAAAGGUAAUCCAAUAUUACCAUUCGAUCCAACUUUAAAACCAUGUCAACCAUCAAUACCUGGUCUAAGUUGUUUUAAAGCUGGUGAUGAACGUGCUAAUCAACAACCAUUACUGUUAACAAUGCAAACAAUAUGGUUACGUAAUCAUAAUAAUCAUGCAAUGAGAUUAAGUCAAAUUAAUCCACAUUGGAAUGAUGAACAAUUAUAUCAAGAAGCAAGACGAUUAACAAUUGCUGAAAUUCAACAUAUAACAUAUAAUGAAUAUUUACCAAUAAUACUUGGUCCAUUAUUAAUGGAUUAUUAUCGUUUAUAUUCAAAACCAAAUUAUACAUAUAGUUAUUAUGAAAGUUUUACCGAUCCAUCUAGUUGGAAUGAAUUUGUUACAGCUGCAAGUCGUUAUGGUCAUUCACAGAUUAGUGAUUUUUAUACAUUAGGUAUUUAUGGUAAUCUUACAAAAUUUCCAUUGAAAGAAAGUUUUUCCGAUCCAACAUUAACUUACAGUGGUAUGACAGAAGAAUUACUUCGUGGACUGAUUGGCGAACAUGCACAUACAGUCGAUCCAUAUUAUGCUGAUGUUGUUAAACAAUAUAUGAUGAAAAAUAAAACACAACCACAUGGUUUUGAUUUGGUUGCCGUCAAUAUUCAACGUGGUCGUGAUCAUGGCCUUCCCGGUUAUGUUCAUUAUUUGAAAGCAUGUUUCAAUUAUGAUGCAAAAUCAUGGAAUGAUUUGGAAAAAUUUAUUCCACGUAAAACACUUGAAAAAUUUAAACGUCUUUAUAAUUCAAUCGAAGAUAUUGAUCUUUAUAUUGCUGGCGUAUCGGAACGACAUUUUAUCGAUGCAAGUGUUGGUCCAACAUUCGGUUGUUUGGCUGGUAUACAAUUUUAUCAUCUAAAAUUUGGUGAUCGUUAUUUUUAUGAACAUGGUCAACAAAGUGGUUCAUUCCUUCCAGCACAAUUGGCCAAUAUAAAACAAGCAGCAACAUUAUCCAGAAUUAUUUGUCGUAAUGCACGUAAUCAACAAUAUGUUCAAGCUAAUCCAUUAUUGUUUCCAUCAAAAUUAAAUCCACAAUUGGAUUGUCGAACAUUUCCCGAUAUUGAUUAUAUGCUUUGGAAAGAAUAAUCAAACGAGAAAAAUACCCCAACACAAAACAAAACAAAACAAAAAUCUUAAUUCUGACAACAA